UGUAACCUUAAAUUAAACGUUAAACGAUGGCACAAGGUAAAUUGAAAGUAAAAGCCAAAGUGCCACCGUUAAAAGGAAAAAAUAAGGAUAAGAAUAAAAAGGGACCGGCGAUUCAACGACGAAAUAAUGCGCCAAUUCAGCCUAAAAAGAAGAAAUUGGAAGAGACCCACAAGUUGAAACAAAUGAUAACCAGAACAGUGAACAAAGCAAUGGAAGAUGAACUAAGGGAAAAAGCCUUGGAAGGAAAGAAGUCGCUUACGAAGAAGAAUCCAUCAACCACGAAAAAGAAGUAGUCUGUAACAUUAUUUGAUGGCUCGUAAUUAAGAAAAUAAAAGCUGAACAUAUUUGGA